GUUCACCAGCGGAGCCUUGAGAUCCUGCAGCGAUGCAAAGACGACAAAAACAAUUGGUGCAUCAGCCGCAGGACUCCUCUAUCAGACCUGCAGGGAUCGAACACGCUCAGCCAGAAAACAAGCAGGAGGUGCGAGGAAGACGAGGGCAUCUUCGUGAACUCGCUGAAUAAUAAGCUGCUGGAGCGAGCGCAGGGCAUCCUGAUGAGAAACAAGAGCUACAAGACCAAGCCGAGCCUCCCGAAGCACCUGCUGGAUGUGAAAUCACUGAAGUAUCUGAGCUGCCUGACGCUCCACGACCGCAUCACCAAAUCGCUGCUGCAUCUGCACAAGAAGAAGAAACCUCCCAGCAUCAGCGCGCAGUUCAGCGUGUCUCUGAAUAAGCUGAUGGAGACUCUGGGACAGUCGGAGCCGUACUUCGUGAAAUGCAUCCGCUCUAAUGCAGAAAAGCUUCCUCUGCGUUUCAACGAGGCGCUGGUGCUGAGACAGUUACGCUACACCGGCAUGCUGGAGACGGUGAGGAUACAGCGCUCCGGAUACAGCGUCAAAUACAGCUUCCAGGAUUUUGCCCAUCAUUUCCGUGUGCUGUUACCCGCCGGCUUUCAUGCCACUCAGACGCGAAUCAGACAGUUCCUGCAGAGCGUUGACCUCGAGACCAACGGACAUCAAGUGGGCAGAAGCACGGUGUUCCUGCGGGAGCGUCUGCGGCAGCGUCUGCAGGAGCAGCUUCAUCAGGAGGUGCUGAGGAGGAUCGUGUGUCUGCAGAGAAGCUUCAGGACGCAGCAGGAGAGGAGACGCUUCUGCAGACAGAGACGAGCCGCUCGACUCAUACAGCGCUGGUGGCGGGACUGUCUGACUCGAUCGGAGCUCCAGCAGGGGGCAGCACUGCGUCUGCAGGCGUCCUGGAGAGGCUUCAGAGAGCGACAGCUGUACCUGCGGCGGAGGAGAGCAACGCUAGUCAUCCAGAUGCGCUGGAGGAGAGUCCUGCAGACGCGACACACAGCCGCGCGCCUCAUUCAGGCCGUCUGGAGGAGCUGCAGACACAGACGCAGCGCCGCCGUCACGCUUCAGGCCGCCUGCAGGGGGCAGCAGGCCCGGCACAGGUGCCGCAUUCUGAGAGAGCUGCGACGUGGAGAGAAAAGCCUCUGUGAAAACACUGUGAGCAAAAGUUUACACGCCCAUCAAAACCCAGCUGACGUCCAAGAGGAGAAGCGAGAGAGUCGAUCCACCAGAGCUCGCAGAAGCGUAGACGACAGCACGCUGAAGAGCCGCUCCAAACGCGAAAGCAGGAGGCAACGGGAACUCCAGCAAGCCACGUUCAAUCUAGAGCUGCUCAAAGUCCGGUCCGGUUCAGUGGACGACGCGCUUCCCGCUCAGACCGCGCUCUCCAAACAUCAACCUCCGGACAGUCGGGAAAGCUUCGAGCUCCUCAUCCUUCCCGAUGAGGAACCGGCGACGUCCCAAACCGAAUCCGAGCCGACGGAGGAGAACCGGAGCAGUCCGGCGUCCUUCAAACCUCACUUCUACAUCGCAGACGAGGACGGCAGCCCGCUCAAGCAGACCCAGGAGAAGAAGGAGUCUGUGGUGGUCAUAAUCAGCAUGCAGGAGAACCCAGUCGAGCACAGCAGCCUGGAAGCUCUGCAGAAACUCCAGCCUAUGGAUGCUCAAGAGGUUUGUGGAGACACCGAGGACAGAGCGAAUGGAUUGUCGUCCUCAGAUCAUUCAGACGACCCUGAACCUCAAACCCCUUCUUCCAAACCCCUCCAGCUGGACUUGAGGGACUCAGAGGCCAAGAAGGAGGUUCAGAAGAAGUUUGUUUCUCAAAGCAUCAGCAUCAGUAUGAAGGAGAAAGCCUUCUGUCCCAAACGCAGCCAACUGACCUUCUCCAAGUCUGACAAAGACCUGGUGAAUCAGGAGCGAUCUCUGGAGAUCCAAAGAGAGGCGGGAUUCAGAUCGUUAAAAACCAGAGAGAAAGAGCAGAAGAGGAUCCAGAAGACCAUGUCGUCAGGUGACCUUGGGAAAAUGGAUUCGCUCAGGAAGUCGAUCUCGCAAACCGAUGGCAGGGUCAGAGGCAAAAUGCGAUUCUGGAGUAAAAGCAAACGUGACGAUAAAAAGAUGUCCACCAGGGGGCGCUCCGCAGAUUCAGAGCUCACCGACUCUCCUCUAGGAAGCCCUGAGCAGGCCGGACUGUCCGAACGCGGACACGACAGCAAGGAGAACCGCGAGCCCAUGAUGAGCAUGAUGUCGAUGAAGAGGAGACGCAGUGUGAAGAUCAGUAGCGUGUCGCUAGAAUCCUCCGCCUGGCAGAACGACUCGCUGCACAUCCUGACUAGCACCGCUGACUAUCGCAGCAUGAACGACUUCCUCAUGAAGAAGAUCAGCGAUCUAGAAGCUGAAGACAGUCAGAAGGACACACCGGUGGAUGUGGUCUUCAAGAAGGCCCUGAAAGAGUUUCGCCUCAACAUCUUCAACUCGUACUCUACUGCUCUGGCCAUGGAUGAUGGCAGGAGCAUUCGUUAUAAAGAUCUCUAUGCUCUGUUCGAGCACAUCUUAGAGAAGAACAUGCGUCUGGAGCAGAGAGACUGGAGUGAGUCGCCGGUUAAAGUCUGGGUCAACACGUUUAAAGUCUUCCUUGAUGAGUUCAUGACCGAAUACAAGCCAGUGGACGGAACCAUCAGUAAGGCCUCUAAACCUGAGAGGAAGAAGAGGAGGAAAAAGGAAUCGGACACCGUGGAAGAGCACAUGGGUCACAUCUUUAAAUCCACUCAGUACAGCAUCCCAACAUACUGCGAGUUCUGUUCGUCACUCAUCUGGAUGAUGGACAAAGCGUGUGUCUGCAAACUCUGUCGCUAUGCGUGUCACAGGAAGUGCUGUCUGAGGAUGACCACCACAUGCAGUAAGAAGUUUGACCCCGAGCUGUCUUCACGGCAGUUUGGCGUUGAGUUGUCUCGUUUAACGAGCGAUGAGAGAGCCGUCCCGCUGGUGGUGGAGAAGCUGAUCAACUACAUCGAGAUGCAUGGCCUCUACACCGAGGGCAUCUACAGGAAGUCUGGAUCCACCAAUAAAAUCAAAGAACUCAAGCAGGGGCUGGACACCGAUGUGAACAGUGUGAAUUUAGACGACUACAACAUCCAUGUGAUCGCCAGUGUGCUGAAACAGUGGCUGCGUGACCUUCCAAACCCCCUCAUGACCUUUGAAUUUUAUGAGGAGUUCCUCAGGGCUAUGGGUCUGCAGGAUAAGCGUGAGGUGGUUCAGGGGGUUUAUUCGGUCAUCGAUCAGCUCAGCCGAACUCACCUGAGCACACUGGAGAGACUCAUAUUCCACCUGGUCCGGAUCUCAUUCCAGGAGGUGACGAAUCGCAUGUCUGCCAAUGCGGUGGCCAUCGUGUUUGCACCCUGCAUACUGCGCUGUCCCGACACCACCGACCCGUUACAGAGCGUCCGGGACAUCAGCAAGACCACUGCGUGUGUCGAGCUGAUCAUCUGCGAGCAGAUGAGGAAAUAUAAAGCCCGUCUGAAGGACAUCAACACGCUGGAGUUUGCCGAAAGCAAAGCCAAGAGUCGGCUGACGCACAUCCGGCGCUCGAUGGGUCAGGGGCGUUUACGCAAAAGUGGGCGCCACACGCCCUCGCCGCCCUUAAGCCCUCGAGCAGCAGAGGGGGCGGAGCCGGGCGAGGAGGGGGCGGAGUCUGCGCUGAGUGAGCAGCAGCAAGCAGCCAUGCAGCAGGAGGAGAAAGUGUUGUCUCAGCAGAUAGAAAACCUGCAGAAAGAGAAGGAAGAACUGACCUAUGAGAUGCUGGCUUUGGAGCCCAGAGCGUCCGAUGACGAGAUGCUGGAGUCGGAAGCAUCUAUCGGAACAGCAGACAGCUCAGAAAACCUCAUGGAGUCGGAAGGCGCCGCGUCCGAUCAAUGGGACAAAAGCCCCGGCGCCGUGUCGGCAGCACGCUGGAGGAAGUCCGAGUACAAAAGCAGACGCAGUUUACAGCGUCAGCCUGAAUCUCUGGACUCGGUGGACUCGGCCGUAGCCUCGCUGUCCUCGGUGUCGUCCACGCCUCACUAUCGGGUUCGUUCGUCCUCUUCCGGGCCGCUAUUUUCCUCCAGCUCUCCCGGCAGGGACUUGCACAUUCUCCCCGACCAGGAGGGCUCCGAACAGGCUUCCCUGAACACCCGAUGUGCCUCCAGCUCCGAGAAAACCCGAGGGAACCGAAGCUGCUCGCCAAAGCCCCGCGAGCCGGGCGAAGGCGUUGCCGGCAGCCGAAGACGAGAGCAUGACUUCGGUUCUUCUCAGCCUUUGGUGCUGUAUGGGAGUAAUGAAUUUAUGGUGUGACGACAAUGGUGUCCAACGUUAGCCGGAGCUGGUAAAGCAGGAACACCAACGGAUGUCCGAAUAACAUUUAAAGUGAAAGAGAGAAGGCUUGGGAAUCAACCUUCAAUUGCUCGGUGAUCAAAAUUGUAAGGAAGGUACUGAAUGGGGUUUUUACGAAAUGUACGACCUACUGACUGUAACGGACCUGCUGGACUGGUCCGUUUCUCACAGCAAGAGUAGUUGAACGGGGAAAGAGCGAUUUUUAAUCACCUGAGCCAAUCAGAAGUCAAGCGACUUCAACCGAAUGCAUGCCGUAUUGCUACUAUUUUAUUUUCACUCUAUGAUUAAAACCUUUGAUAAAGUGCUAAAUAUGUAAAAUAAUAUUAUAUAUAUCUCGAACGAAUCAUGUAAAUAGCUGAAAUCUCUGUGCUGCUGAGUAACGUCUUUUUGUGUUGCAGAUUGAAAACUAGAGCGUGUGAAUCUGGUGUUUGUCUCUGUAUGUUGUUUCUUAUGGGUGAGUGUGACAGAAACGCACAUGAUUUAGGUCUUAUUUCGUCCCAUUGUUUG